AUGGCCACACCAGUUACAAAACAACACAUUUUAAAUUGUCAAUUCUCAAAUUGGUAUUCGCUGUUUCGUACUUUGACGCCUAAAGCAAAAGUCAUAAAGCCAAUUCCCACCUCUAUACUAAAAUACCUUGAUGAAGAUGGUAUUUAUUUAAAAAAUGUUUCAAAUACAAUUGAAGAUGUAACAGAUCGAGAGAAUGAGGAAGGGAGGGAAGAAGAAGAAGAAGAUACACAAGUUUCUUCUUACUAUCCGGACAAAUCGACCAUACAACUCAUAGAAAGGGUUAUUUCCGACCUCGAUGGAGCCGUGGUACCCAAGCUGAAUUGGUCAAGCCCCAAAGAUGCUGUAUGGAUUAUGCCUACGGGAAGUAUGAAAUGCACUUCUGCAGAAGAUGUCCUUUUAAUAUUAAAAUCAUCAGACUUUGUAACUCAUGACCUUGAUUAUGCCUUUGAUGAUUGUAUAGAAGAAGAUAACCAAGAAGCCGAUUCCACAAGCCAACGGUUUCCUUCUGAUUUCAGUCACGAACUAAUUUUAAAAGAAUGGUUUCCCAUUCACCCGUCAACAGAAUUCCGCUGUUUUGUAAAAGGAAAAAAUCUUAUUGCUGUAUGUCAACGAGACGACAAUUAUUAUGACUUUCUAGAACACGAGAUGAAGGAAAUUUUGCCUGUUCUGCGGGAUUUAACAUCUAAGCUUUCGGAGUUUCCGGACCCUAACUUUGUUUUCGACACUUACGUCCAACAAAAUCGUGCUUGGCUAAUUGACAUCAAUCCAUUUUUUGCUAGGACAGAUGGUUUGCUCUUCUCAUGGGAAGAAUUAUAUGCAAUGGAUUAUGAAAAAAAUAGUCCAGAGAUCAGAUUAAUUCCUAAAGGCGCCAUGCCUUCUUCUGGGGGUGCCAACUUUUACACCAAUCGUGUUCCAUUUGACCUAGUUGCUGCCAGUCAAGGAGAAAAUUUACUAGAGUUUGCAGAAAAGAUGCAAAGUUUAACUUCAGAAAGUACCAAAGAUGAGGUAUGA